AGAAUGUGUGGGAGGGAAUACCCUGCUCCAGCAUGAAGACUCUGUGAAAGAUGUGUGAGCAAGCAGCGCGCUACUGCAGGGACAGCGUCCACAAGAUUCUCCACAAACAGGAAACUCAGAUCAGGGGACUGGACGGGUUUGUUCGCUGGAUCGUCACCAAAAUGAGCGAUAAGAAAAUCAUCUCAGACAAGGAAUUCCUCCAGGACGAAGAAGAAGCUGCCGCCCAACAUUUCUGUAUGCCAGAGCAAAGGAAAGGCAUCUCCGUCAUUCUUGAUAUUUUUAGAAGAGCAGACAAAAAUGAUGAUGGUAAGCUUUCUCUGGAGGAAUUUCAGGCCUUCUUCUCUGAUGGCACUCUUAAUGAGGAAGAACUGGAAAAACUCUUUCACACCAUAGACUCAGACAAUACCAGCAAUGUGGAUACCAAGGAACUUUGUGAUUACUUUGCAUCUCACAUGGGAGAUUAUGAAGAUGUUCUGGCAUCUCUUGAAACGCUUAACCUAUCCAUUCUUAAAGCUAUGGACUACACCAAAAGGGUAUAUGAAAGGGGAACAAAAGUGGACCAGUUUGUGACACGAUUUCUACUGAAGGAGACAGCCAAUCAGAUUCAGUCUUUACUUAACUCUGUGGAGAGUGCGGUUGAUGCCAUUGAUGAGCAGACAAACCAAAGUAGGCAUCACCACUCAAAGCCAAGCCAUGGAGUCAUGGACUCUUAUUAUGGAAACCCUAUUCCAAAUUAUCCCCCAAACAACAGAGUAACAGCCAAAGAACAGAAGAAGAGGAAUAUACAGACAGGACCCCCUGAGACUAAAGAAGGUCUUGAAGUGCAAAUAAACAGGCUGGCAGAUCUGAUUGAACGACUUGAGAAUAAGACACUUUGGUUCGACUUGCACCAGAGACUGUCAGACAGUGAAAGCACAGCCACCACAUAUUUCCACCUUGUACGUCAGCAACUGAAUGUAUCCCAGAAGCACUUGGGAGAGUUCUGUGAUUCACUGAAGCAAUAUUUAAAGAAUGUAGCAGCAGAAAGUGACUGUUUUCACGUUACUGCAGUAAGGCUUCCCGAUGGCAUUACCUUUAUUGUUUAUGAAUUCUGGGAGACUGAAGAGUCUUGGAAAAGGCAUUUGCAAACAGCAAUAUGUAAAAGUUUCCAGCAUGUUAAAGUGGACACACUUUCCCAGCCAGAGGCACUCUCAACCAUUUCUGUUCCAGCUGCUUGGUGUACUUUGAACAGAGAAUGACUCGUACUUGAAGAUAUACCGAUGGAGGUGAACAAAUCAUGCAAAUUACAGACGUUCUUCUCUUGCAUUUGUUCACUGUUAUACUGAACCUCACAAAAACUACAGAGAAGUAAUUUUUCUAAAGAACUCUUUUCAAAUGUUGUCUUGUUAAUUUUUAAAAAGGAAUGUCAGGAAUGUUUUAGCUUGCUAUUUCAGAUGAAGGAUUAUCCUUCUGCGAAACCAAAUCAGGUAGAAUCAAAGACUAUACAGAAGUAUAAUGUAAAAACCCAUAUAAACUUUAGUAGCUUUUACAGACUUAAUUUUUAAACUGCAAUGAUAUGAAAGUGUCUUACAUUAAACUCUUGAAAAUAUCUCUACUACCUUUGUUGUUAGGAGCUUAGGUAGAAAAACUAACUAGUGCACAGAAGUGUUAUAUUUUAAAUACAGUGUAAUCCAUAAUUUUGUAGUCUGUACUAAAGAAAACGGAAAAGGCCAAAAGUAUGAUUUCUAUUGGCCUCUCAAAACACAGACCUAGUUUUGCUAUUACGUUUUGGUUUCUUAUAUAUUUUAUGUUUAUGGACUAUAGAAAUAAAGAAUAAAGAAUAAAAUUGCAUCAUGCUUUUUAACAUUUCUGAUUAAAAAAGUUAUUUCGUACUUAAGAAAUGCACGAUAAGGCUUGGUAUGUACUGCAAAGGCUUUGUUGUAGAAUUUAGCCCUGCUGCUCAUAAAUAAAUUUGUUUCACAUUUCGUUUUAUAUUAAAAUCAAAUGAAUUUUAUUGUUGUAGGCAAUGAUGAUUUAUAUACUCUUAUAAUUGUAUUAUUUGAUUAUAAACAGUAGUACAUGUUAGAAAUUAAUUCUAUUGAUUGCAAGUGGUACAAGUGCUGGAUGCCAGUAUUAUAUGCAGUUUGCUACAUUUUAUUAAUGAGUGAUGUACAGAUUAAAACCUGAAAUAAAGUCCUUCUAAAACUGG